AUGGCUUUGGUGUCUGAGCCAUUGGAGGCUGAGGCUCUGACUGAGAAUUGCACUGGAUUCAUUGAGGCUCUUGUGAUUGCCAAGGGAGCCAGAGUUAAGCUCUGGAACUUGAGGGAUGAUUCUGUCCCAGAGGAUAAUAUUUGGAGGGGUAUCCUCUCUGUGAUUUUCUUCUUUCUAAUCAUCAGUGUUCUAGCUUUUCCUAAUGGACCCUUUACACGUCCCCACCCUGCAAUAUGGAGAAUGGUUUUUGGUCUCAGUGUGCUCUAUUUUCUGUUCCUGGUGUUCGUGCUCUUCCUUAACUUUGAGCAGGUAAAAGCUGUGAUGUACUGGCUGGAUCCUAAUCUCCGAUAUGCCACAAGGGAAGCAGAUAUUAUGGAGUAUGCUGUGAACUGUCAUGUAAUCACAUGGGAGAGAAUCCUCAGCCACUUUGAUAUAUUUGCUUUUGGGCAUUUCUGGGGCUGGGCUAUGAAGGCUUUGCUGAUCCGCAGCUAUGGGCUGUGCUGGACCAUUAGCAUCACCUGGGAGCUCACUGAGCUCUUCUUCAUGCACCUUCUGCCUAAUUUUGCUGAAUGCUGGUGGGAUCAAGUCAUUUUGGACAUCCUGCUUUGUAACGGGGGUGGCAUCUGGUUGGGCAUGGUAGUUUGUCGUUUCUUGGAGAUGAGGACCUAUCACUGGGCAAGCUUCAAGGACAUUCACACAACCACAGGGAAAAUCAAAAGAGCUGUAUUACAGUUCACCCCAGCCAGCUGGACCUAUGUCCGCUGGUUUGACCCUAAGUCUUCCUUUCAAAGAGUGGCUGGAAUCUACCUUUUCAUGAUCAUUUGGCAGCUGACUGAGUUGAACACAUUCUUUUUGAAACAUAUCUUUGUGUUCCAAGCAAGCCAUCCUUUAAGUUGGGGAAGAAUCCUCUUCAUAGGAAUCAUUACAGCACCCACUGUGAGGCAAUACUAUGCAUACCUCACAGAUACACAGUGCAAGAGGGUAGGAACUCAGUGCUGGGUUUUUGGAGUUAUUGCUUUCCUUGAAGCUAUUGUGUGCAUAAAGUUUGGACAGGAUCUCUUUUCCAAAACACAAAUACUAUAUGUUGUGUUUUGGCUUCUCUGUGUGGCCUUUACAACUUUCCUGUGUUUAUAUGGUAUGGUUUGGUAUGCAGAAUACUAUGGCCAUCGAGAAAAGACUUUAUCAGAAAGUGAAGACAGCCCAUACAGUCCAGAUGCUUCCUGGCUUCAUUCUAAAUUCAGUAGAGGUGCUGACAAUAGUCCACCAAAACAUGCAGUCAAUAGUGAAAACCAUUCAUCUAGGAGGAGGAAUAGGCACUCCAAAUCAAAAGUAACAAAUGGAAUCAGCAAGAAGUAAGAAUGCUCUCUGAAGAUACCCUACAGUGUAACCAGAGGUGACAAAGAAAAUCAGACCUGGCGCUGAAUUUCCAAAUGGAAGAUUGAUUUUUAAAUUUAAAAGUUAAAAAAGGGAGGCGUUGAAGAAAAGGAUGAUCAAGAUGGAGCCACUGGUGUAUCGUUGCCUGCUGACACUUGCCAUUCACUGGUUUAAAUCUAGUUUCUUCAGCAUGUGGCACCAGAAGUUAAUGGAGCAUGUGCUGGAAAGAAAAACAAUUUUGACAUAGCAGGUACACCCGGUUUUAUGU